GUGUCGCAGUCGUUUACCUCGAUUCACUCACACGGCCAUCUUCUCUAAAGAACGAGGAGACGGUUGUACUAGACAUGGCUGACUACACGAGCGUGGCACCGCCGUCCUCGAAUUCCGGUGGAGGGAUGAACGACGCUUUUAAAGAUGCACUUCAACGAGCAAGACAAAUAGCAGCAAAAAUCGGAGGCGAUGGUGUUGUCCCCCCUCCUUCCACCAAUGAGUUUGGAUACGGGGGGCAGAAAAGGCCCCUUGAGGACGCUGAUCAGCCAGAAACAAAGAAAGUUGCAACGAGUGAUCCUUUUUCCUCUGGCAUGGGAGGCAUGGGAGGAAUGGGAGGCAUGGGAGGAAUGGGUGGUCUUCCAAGGCCUACAUCAGAAGAGUUCAAAGUUCCAGAUGGCAUGGUUGGCUUUAUUAUUGGAAGAGGAGGAGAGCAGAUAUCAAGAAUACAACAGGAAUCAGGAUGCAAGAUACAGAUUGCUCCAGACAGCGGUGGUAUGCCUGAAAGGUCUGUGACAUUAACUGGCUCUCCAGAUUCAAUCCAGACUGCAAAAAGGUUGUUGUCGGAGAUUGUUGAGAAAGGCCGCCCCUCUCCAUUUCACCAUAGUGAUGGGCCCGGGAUGUCCGUACAGGAAAUAAUGGUGCCUGCCUCCAAAGCAGGCCUGGUCAUUGGCAAGGGAGGAGAAACCAUCAAACAGUUACAGGAGCGUGCUGGAGUCAAGAUGGUCAUGAUUCAGGAUGGACCACAGAACACGGGGGCAGACAAACCCCUCAGGAUUUCUGGAGAUCCUUUCAAAGUUCAGCAAGCCAAAGAGAUGGUGUUGGAUCUGAUCAGGGACCAGGGCUUUCGAGAGCAAAGGGGGGAGUAUGGCUCUCGGAUGGGCGGAGGAGACAGCCUGGAUGUGCCUGUGCCACGCUUCGCUGUGGGGAUUGUGAUAGGCAGGAAUGGCGAAAUGAUUAAGAAGAUUCAGAAUGACACCGGGGUCCGGAUCCAGUUCAAACCAGAUGAUGGCAGCACGCCAGAGAGGAUAGCUCAGAUCAUGGGCCCCCCUGACCGGGCGCAGCACGCUGCCGAGAUAAUCUCAGACUUGCUGCGAAGCGUGCAGGCCGGGGGGCCUCCUGGCCAUGGUGGCAGGGGCCGUGGCCGUGGCCAGGGCAAUUGGAACAUGGGCCCCCCUGGAGGCCUGCAGGAGUUCUCUUUCACAGUUCCCACUAUGAAGACCGGCCUCAUCAUUGGGAAAGGGGGUGAGACCAUUAAGAGCAUAAGCCAGCAGUCUGGAGCCAGGAUAGAACUUCAGAGGAACCCUCCCCCUAACGCAGACCCCAGCAUAAAGAUGUUCACAGUGCGUGGGACCCCACAGCAGAUCGACUACGCCAGGCAGCUUGUCGAGGAGAAGAUAGGAGAAUUUCUUCCCACUCAGGGACCAGUAAGUCCCAUGGGUGGUCCCCAUGGGCCUCCUGGGCCCCAUGGAGGCCCUUCGCCACAUGGUCCUCCUGGUCCACCUGGUCCCCCUGCCCCUAUGGGCCCCUACAAUCCCGGACCCUACAACCAGGGACCACCUGGACCACAUGUACCUCCUGGGCCAUACCAGCCUCAGGGCUGGGGCAAUGGAUAUCCUCACUGGCAGCAAGGUCAGCCAGAUCCCAAUAAAGCAGCGGCUGAUGCCAACGCCGCUGCAUGGGCAGCCUACUACGCCCAGUACCAGCAGCAGCCUCAGGCACCCAUGACACCCACCACUGCCGCCCCGGGCACCACACAGACCAAUGGACAAGGUGACCCGCAGGCUCCAGGUCAGAGCGCUCAGACAGAUUACACCAAGGCCUGGGAGGAAUAUUACAAGAAAUUGGGUCAACAAGGACAGCCGGCGCAGGAUUACACAAAGGCCUGGGAGGAGUACUAUAAGAAGCAAGGUCAAGCCGCCCCCCAGGCUGCUGCCGCUAGUGCCUCCCAGCCAGGAGCCCAGCCAGACUACAGCGCGGCUUGGGCCGAGUACUACCGCCAACAAGCGGCCUACUACGGCCAGGGCGGCUCCCCGAGCAUGGGGGCAGCACCUCAGGCCCAGCAGGGCCAGUAAUGCGAAGUGGACAUAAAGUAAAUGCUACAUUGUCGAAAAAAUCCUUUGUUAAAUGUUUGGAUGCAGACGCCUUGAUGAAGAUCUUAAUUUUCUUGGUUUGUGUUUAAAUUAGAUUGCAAAAUGGCUCCGGAUUCCAAGUUUUCCUAUUUGUUUUUCCUCUCUUGUAUAAAUGAACGGUUUGUUUUUAGUGGGGUAAUAUUGGUCAUUCCAGCUCCUGUAUUUCAUUAUGUAGUUAGAGCUCAUGUCUAUGAACUAUAGUCUUUUUCCAUGUAAAUCAUCUCAGUUUUAAAAUGAUAUGCCUGUUGUGUUUUGCAAUAAAACAAAAUGAAACCUCCUGUGUUGGUAAGUGGGACAGCAAAUAUGGGGAAUUGUGGGGGGGUUUUUUGGUUUUUUUUUGGUUUUGUUUCCCCCCUCCCCCCUUUUUAAUUUUAUUUUUUGGUAGGGGUGUUGGUUGUGUGUUUAUACGGGAGGUGGAGGGGGUCGUAGUAAAUACUUGCCGUGAACUUCAGACAUUUUUCUCUCUCUCUCUCUCUCUCUCUCUCUCUCUCUCUCUGUCCAAAUUUACUGCCUGAAAAAUGACACUCCUGUCUGUUUCUCUCCAACUGUCUAUACAGCUCCUGGUUCUUAAUUUGAUUCCUGGUCUUGUCUUAGAUUUGACUGAAGUGAUCAAUGACGUUUGAUUGCUUGAUGAAUGGCUCUAGUCCUGUUUUUAUACUGCCUUUUUCCCUUGGCAAUUGCUAUGGUUGUAGGUGUAGUCAGGUGUAUCUAAGAGAGGGAGUGACUUGCUGUUGGCAAGGUAUGUUACCCAUGCAAUGACUGCUAAGCACUGAGGUGAUGUUCUGUGUUGCAAUGUUACCAAGUGUGCUGACUUAAGGUAGCGUGCACUGUUCAUAAUGUAAGAAACUUUCCCCCUCACAGGCAAGAUUAGGACAGCGGUAAGCAAGUAUGGCUUUUUACAGAAAGCAACAAAAACCUGUUCCUUUAUAAUGUGACUGCGGAUGUGUUGCAAGCUUUUUAGUUGCUCUCUCUCAGUAUGCUUUUUUUCCCAGGACAGAUGUUUUGAAAGUGUUCAAAUAUUCAUGUAUUAUAAAUUGACUUGUCCCCUUUCCCCAUUAUGUAAAUGUCUGAGAUACUUCAAAUUCUUUUUUUAAUGCAAAUACAUACAUACAAAUAUCUAUCUAUAUAAAUAUAUAUACUUGCUGGCAUUUCUUAAAAUCUUUUGCGAAUUUUAAAAAGCUGCAAUGCGAAGGUGGCCAUGUUUGCUUCGCCCGCUGUUGUGUGGCCAUUCCUCCAGUGUAGGCCGUGUAGGUGUGCGUUUCUUUCGGGCUGAGGGGAGGCCACCAGUGAAAUGAGCCCUUCACUGUAAGUACAAAAAAACCCAAUGGCCCCACUUUCUGCUCUGCUGUCAACGCACUGUCUUUGACGAACCCAAAUAUAAUGUAGUGCAUAAGGUUGAAAAUGUUUACCCUGAAAUCUGCUUUUUUUGUUUUGUUUGUUUUUUGUUCUUGUUUUUGGGUAAGUAUGUCUGGGCUGCAGUUUGAUUUAACAUGCAAAGUGAUUGUCUCUUAAGCCUGUGACCUUACCCUUCAAUUGGACUGCUACUGUUGCCUGUGAUGUUAGAUUUGACACCUAGCAACAUGUCCACUGUUUUAGUCCCUGUCAUGUCAACCAGUCCUUUAUACUGAAAACUCUAAACUGAAAUUUUCACCAUUAAAUGUUCAAGCCAGGGCAGCACAUGUAGUUUGUCUUGCAGUAGAAGUUCAGAAUACAUUAUUUCAGAUAUGGUCCUUUUUAAGUGCCAUUAGAUAAAAUAUUUGCCAAGUUCUUUUCCAUUGCAAUGUGUCCAAGGACAAGUCACCAAGCCGCUUAACCUUAGUGCUAGUGUUUAAGCACUUUUUCACCCCACCCCCCCAAAAAAAGCAACAACAAAAGGAUUCUGUGGAUUUUGGCUGACUUAUAGUACAAUUUUUAAGGCUCUUAGUUUUGUACCUCCGACUUGGUUGUGCGAUUGCCAUUGCUUUUUGAAUUUUUAUUUUUUUUGAAGCCUGUCAAAUUGAUGCAAAUGAUUCAUUUGACAAUGUCGAUUGGUCACAUGAUGAGCAGUGCAACGUCUAAUUUUGCAGUGUCAUCCCAGACCUUAGGUUCUGCCACAAUGACACAGGUAAGCUUAAUCUAAGUAAUGAAGUCUUUGACCUGUGAAUCAGUCAUGAUGUAUUUUACCUGACUCAACUAGACUUGUACUGCAUUUUUGUUAAGGAUGCAAAUGUAGAGAAUUUCUAGGUUCCUGUAUUAGGAAAUGCUCACAUCAGUUGAAAGCCAUAGGCCUGUAAAAGUAGUAGAAUGUUCUGCAUUUGAAUUAACUGCAUGUCAAUGACUGGCACGUAGCUCAGUGUGAUUUUAUUUUUUUCCAAUUUUCUCCCACGUGGCAUACAUAUGCAAAUUACAAAUUAGCAGUUAAUAUUAUUUGAUUGAAAUGCUGUCUUUAUUCAUCCAACGUUAAUAUAACUAAUGCAUAUUCGUCUGUUAGUCACCUUGGUACUUCUGCUUUAGGGCAAUGAUAAUGGGUCAAAAUUACUAUAGACUGUGUUCCCUGCCUCACCAAUGCUGCAUGCAGUUGGGAUUUAAUUUUCUUAUUUUUUUAAAUACCAGGGAUCUGUCUAGUGAUUUUCAUUGAUACUGAAGUGUCCACUGAAGUAUAUGAAUGCUCACAUGUGACUGGUUUAAACGCUGUGCUGUUGCCCCACUGUAGUUCUAAUACACAUUGCUGCCUUCAUUCUCACUCACAGUGUUGAAGAUUCUGCAGGCAUAGUUCGUAGAAUCAGGUCCUGAGCUAGGUUUGUCCCUAAGGAGGAGUCCUUUCAGUCUGUCCCUCUGCUGAACAUAGACCGUUCGAGGGCUCCAUUUAUAAGGUAAAGAAAAUGUCAUGGGGAAUCUGUGAUUUGCAAAGUGAAUGUCAUUCGUACAGGGCAAUGUUUGUUCAUGUUCUGCUAAGAUCGCAUUUUCUUAAGAACAGUAAUGACAUGCUUUUUGAAUUUGUCGGUUGAUGAAUGGCUUGUUGAACUCUUCCAUGAUUUCGUAUAUGCUUUGCUGUUAUGGGUAGGGAUUGUAAUGUGCAUCAAUACAAAGAUAGUUGGUUCAUGACCAGGAACUUUUUUACGUAGUGUCUUUACAGACUGAACGAUUUUUGGCAGUUAAUAGGAGAGUUUCAUUGAAUUUGUUGUCCAUUGCUGCAUAUGUUCUGGUAUGCAUGCAAUAUGCUCUUUCCUUCUGAGCAAACUGUUCACAACAGAAUUCGUGGGGGUGUAGAAAAGAAGACAUAAUCGGAGGCUAACUGAGAAAUUGGGAGCAUGCCUUAGAGGUAAACAAAUAGUCUUGUGCUGUCAACUCAAAUGUGUUUUUUGUUUUGCUGUUUUGUUUUCUGAGAAAUGUUGAAUUUGACUGAGCAUUGUCCAUCAAUAAAAUUGUAAUAUUUGGAAGUUUGUCAUCAAAAAUGUUAA